AGGAGACAGUGCUGGGGCUCCUGCAGAGAGCCUGCCUGUUAUUGUUUACUGUCACAAUAAUGUAAAAUAGGUCAUGUAAAAAAGGGAAACUCAGCUAGCCGCUCAUUCAGUUGUAAUAAAACAACUAUCUAGCUUUAAGUGGCUUCACGGAACUACGUCUCUUCGCUGCUGUCAGGGAUUUCCCGCGAACAACAGGCAGGAGAUGGACUGAUGCUGUUCUGUCAGCAUCUGGACUGAUCCUGAAGUGUCUCAGUUGCUGCCAUGUCCAGGAGAAGCAGGAACAGUCGUGCAUGGCGAUAUGUUUGGGGUGGGAUACGACGAGAUGCUGAUGCCCGGGCACUUGAAGAAUGGAGCUACGACCGCCUAGACUACAGUGAUUCAGACUCUGAGGCAGACUUCUCAGCAGUGAUGGUGCCUCCCGUCCCCAGCGCAGUGCCUGUCACCGGAGAGUCCUUCUGUGGCUGCGACUCCCAGGCAGAGACCAACUACAACCCUCGUCUGCGAGGCUUCCACCAGGUUAAAGACUGCCACUGUGGAGAGGAGGACCAGGAGUUUGACUGGUUCUGGGAUGCCAGCAGCAGAUCUACAGCAACAUUGCUGAGCUGCGACAACCGCAAAGUGAACUUCCACUCUGAGUACAGCUGUGGCACGGCAGCCAUCCGCGGCUCCAAAGAGCUGGCAGAGGGGCAGCACUUCUGGGAGAUCAAAAUGACGUCCCCAGUGUACGGAACAGACAUGAUGGUUGGCAUCGGUACUUCUGAUGUCAAUCUAGACAAAUUCAGACACACGUUCUGCAGCCUGCUGGGAAAAGACACAGACAGCUGGGGUCUUUCUUACACAGGCUUGUUGCAUCACAAAGGAGACAAGACGAACUUCUCCUCCCGGUUCGGACAGGGGUCCAUCAUUGGAGUCCAUCUGGACACGUGGCACGGCACACUCACUUUCUUCAAAAACCGCAAGUGUAUAGGUGUUGCUGCCACGGAGCUACAUAACAAGAGGUUUUAUCCGAUGGCGUGCUCCACGGCAGCGAAGAGCAGCAUGAAGGUGAUCAGAUCGUGCUCCGCCCCCACCUCCCUGCUCUACCUCUGCUGCGCCCGCCUGCGCCAGCUGCUGCCGGACUGCAUCGACACCCUGGACGUGUUGCCGCUGCCCCCGGGCCUUCGUCAGCUGCUGCACAACAAACUGGGCUGGGUGCUCAGUCUCAAUAACGGCAGCACAGAAGAAACCCCCGAUGGGCCAGAGCCUGCAUUGCCCGACCCCCCGCUGCCCGGACCGCUGUCCUCUGAGAGUGACUCGGAGGAGGGCUGUACGUCCGACCUGGAAGCCUGUCAGAGGAAGAGAUGCCGCUGGACAUGAUGGACGGCUCGACUCCUACCCCUCCUUAAACACUGGCUGAGUGUUUCCUGCCUGCCUCCAGCUUUCCUCAACAUCUGAAGAAAGGAUCGGAGCGGUACGUAGGUGGAAAGCUGUGACGGCGGUAUCUCUGCCCGCACGAUCUUACUGUGAUCUUCCUUCACGCCGUUCAGAUGUCUCCAUGCUCGUUAUUAUCCAAACCAGCUUCAGUAAUACGUGAAAAGGUGUGGUGUUAUUUCGUUAGCAAGCAUACGUUGUUGCCAUUCAUGUAUGAGGAGAGCAGGAACCGACUGUACAGUGUAACACUGAAGUCAAGUAUGGCCACAUUUUGGCGGUCAUCAUGGUAUAUUUGCACACAAAAAGAGGGUUUAAAAAAAGAUACUGUAUAUUUUCACAUGUAUGCAAUUUAUGCGUGUUGUUCUCAAUGCAUUAUCCAAGUCAUCUGUUACAUGUUUUACCGGCAUCGGCAGUUUUUUGUUAGAUUGCCAAAUCAAAGUGGAGAGACACACUUUAGGUCAUUUUUUUAUUUCUUACCCUCAUGUUACAGCUCUAAAGGUAACUGUCCAAAAUGUUAGGACAGAUCAAAAACUUAAAUGUUUAAUGUAGGUUCAAGAACCCGAAUGUAUUUUAUAGCUGUUAGUGCUCCAACAAGGGGCAUCAAUCAUCUCCAAUCAACCCAUACUCACAUGAUUCCUCUUUCUAAUGAUCUAGUUCAUGUUACAAUUCAAAUAUUUGUUACACUUUUGGCAACAUCCAUCCGUCACCAGCUUUUGUAAGUCUCCUGCUAGGUGUUGUUUUUCCUCUUUUCUAAAAGAUAUAAGCUGUAUACAUAAUAAGUGUAGCUCCUUUAAAUCUGAUUAUGAGACAGAAUGCCACUCAUAAGAUACGCACAUUUAAGGUAGGUUCUCAUGGCUCUUUCUCCGGCUUAUAGGUUAUUUAGACCUUUUUUGAAAAGUAAGUUUCUUUCAUUGAAAAACUCUGUGAUUAUAAGCAGUUUUUUUUUUCUUUCGUACUGAUCUGUUUAUGCAAGUGUGUUCUUUUGGCCUGUCCCUUCACGUCCUUUACCAACUCUUCUUGACUGUAAGUAAUUAAGGUCAUACUCUAUUAUAAAUCCUUUUAGUACGAAACACUCAGACCCUGUUGGCCUAAAAUGUGGCUGGACAAAGUUCCGUUUCCCCAGACUAUUUUGUGUGUCUGACAAUAUUAUAUAUUUUUGAUUAUUAAAAAACAGUGUCUGUAUUGGGCCACUGUCUGGUGACAAUCACAAUUCCAACUAAAGGUGGGAUUGAGACAUAUGUUGUCCCAGUUACUAUCCCCUUUUAGAAUGUAUUGAUCACAUGAAAGAGCAGUAGAGAUGUUUAUUAUGCGGAAAGAGUGGUUUUCAGCCAAUCUUUGGAUGCUUUGAUUGUGAAACAUUUUACAGCCACCUUUCAAGCCUGCGGGGGGUUAGUUAGUUGUGAUCAAUUAAAGUGUUUCUAGAUCAUGAAUAACUGAGAAGGGGAUUGUUACCCUUGAGUCAAAUGUGUAAAUAAUCAUUGUAGCUUUUGUGGACUCACACAUACAAAAUAUAAGUAUUUCAAUAGUAUUUGACCGAGGCGUUGAAGCUACAGUCUGCCAACUACUGCAUCAGUCACCUGUCAUUGAUCAGUCCGAUGAGGUCCUGGUUUGAGUGGACGUACACAAAGAAUGAAGGUACUAUGCAAUACCAGCUUCUUAUGGAUAAUGGUUUUCAGAAGGACUGUGUUUUAGGAUGUUAUGAUGGAGGCUCUGACACAAACAACAGCAGUGAAAGUACCAGAGGACCACGGUCAUUAAUCACGAGUAGUAUAUGAGAUGACGCACUUAAGUCUGUCGGAUUUAUCAGAUGUAACUUUAUAGAUCUACUAAUGUAACUACAAAGAGGUUAGUUGUAAUCAAAAAGAUGUAUAUUUUUGUUUUAUUUCACAGUAUUGGUCUUCACAUCUAAGCACUUUUUCUUACUGUUGUACUGUAAAUAGUAAAAUUCUACGUGUGUCUUCUAUACCAUGUCAUAUUAAUUAUAUUGUAUGUGAAGGCCUUUACUUGCCUUUUUCUGUAUAACUUAUCAGCAUGAUUUUCAGCUGAAAAUAAAUGAAUGCUAAAUAUGCACAAAGAA